AUGUAUCCCAGCAAGAACAUAAAAGACGUGUUAUCCCGGGCCUGGGCGCAAGUGAAGUGGGAAGAAGACGUCGCUAGCCUCGCUAAGGCCCAGCCGAAGCAGGACCAAAAUUCGGCCCGAUCGGAUCGGGAUGAAAAAUCCUCCCAAAGAGCGACCAAGGACUCCGGGAACAGAAAAUGGCGCAGGUUCCAGUACCGACCAAAGGAAGUAGGAAUGUCGGUGUCCACUUGGCCCAACAUCUCCCAUCUCUCGAUAACCACACCGGAGCUAGUCAACAUCUUGAGGCAGAUGGGCCAACAGGUCAAGUGGCCUCAAAAGAUGAAGUCACCUGACUCGUUCCGGAACCCUGGCCUCUUGUGCGACUUCCAUCGUGACCACGGUCACAAAACUGAAGACUGCGUUGCUCUAAGGAUCAAGGUCAAUAAACUACUCCAAAAGGGGCAUCUCCGGGAAUUACUCUCAGAGAAAGCCAAGAACCAUGUAAAUAAAGAGGUGCCGGCAAAAUCCGCUGGAGCUAUACCCGCUUCACCACCUCGCCAGGACCGAGUGAUCCAUGUCAUAUCCAGAGGUUCAGAGAUAAGCGGCGUGAGUCAUGCAGCUUCCAAGAAAAGCACCCGCAACGCCAAGCACUGCCUGGAGAUGACCAAACCAAAGUGCUUGCUCCUAGGUACCGACGAAAUAAGCUUCACGGCUAAGGAGCAGGAGAAGAUCCUGGCUCCCCACCACGAUGCCCUGGUCAGCUCUCUCACCGUAGCAAACUGCUUGGUAAAAAGAAUACUAGUGGACAAUGGUAGCUCCAGCAAUAUCGUCUUCCAGACUGCUUACCAGGACCUAUCUUUCCAGGCGUCUUUUCAGGCAAUAGCUCCAGCAAUAUCUUUUCAGGCGUCUCCAUAUCAGAUUCUGGCUCGGAAUCACUCUCCUCCAGGUAGGACCCGAAAUCGUUUGGGGAACCUUGGGUUUCCUCAUUAG